AUGCGGAGUAGUUUCUCUGGCGUUUACCGAGGAUUGUACAAAGUCUUGUUGAUCAUAUUCCUAACAUGUCCUUGGGAUUUGGCAAAUGUAAUCACUGGUUGUGACGACAACAACAGAAGACGAGCAUACCGACUUAUAAACCCGCAUCUUAAUGCAUUAACAAGGAAUACGUCAGCAGUCAUCCAGUUUGACGGCAGGAAAGGAGUCGUUUUCUCAAUAUCCUCUGAAGGCAAGAAUGAACAGAUAAGCUUGGAGUUUCGCACGAGGAAAUUAACUCAGAGCAUCGUCUACGUAGUAUUGGAUGUACUUGAAGACCAUACAACAAGCCAUCCACUCAAAACUGUUGUUAGUUUACAUUCAAUCAAUGGAAGUUUGUUCAUUGCUGCUAGACCAAUGAAUAAACCGGUUGGCAUAAGUCAAGAUGCAGACGUCAAAGUAUCAACGGAGUGCAUUUCGGACUAUAACACAUGUUCGGACACAUAUUGGCACAAGCUUAAAAUAACGUUCGCAAAACAAAAGGUGAAUGUGUACGUCGACGAACAAAACAGUAUUGAGAGGAAUUUUCCCCAACUUGCCGGUCAUUUAAGCAUCCGGGAAAUACACCUGGGAAAACCAUCUCCAAGUUUGUUCCCACCGUCAAACAGUGCUGACCAAUUACAACAAGGAAUAUUCCGCGGAUGUAUGAGACAUAUAACGUAUUCCUCAAGAAAAUCCAAUAUGUUACUGACUGAUGUACCGCCACCGUCGAGACACAUUAAAACCACACUAUCAAAGAACUUGUUGCAUUCAAAUUGCAGGAACGCACUUCUUGUUGUGGAAACUGCAAACCCUCCUGGCGAACAAAUGAAGGAUAACACAGCUAAAGAAUUCGUCAAUUUUGUCAGACCUGGAAGUUAUCUACUUGCUUCUGGGUGGUCAGUAGUUUCAUCUGGGACUUUGUCUUUCAAGUUUCGUACAAUAGAACUGAAUGGGCUCAUUCUUUAUAGUUCGUCGAUUAGCGAAACUGAUGUAACUUGGGUGUCGUAUAGCCCGCAUUUUGCGAUCCCGGGAGAAGGCGGUGCUGGGUACGACAGUUUUGCACUCGAACUGAGAGGCGGUCAUUUAGUUUCAGUGAUAAACAUGGGAUCUGGUACAUUCCAAAUGAGUUCACAAUUUACAUCCGAUGGAUCUACGACAAACCGAAGGUUAAACGACGGAAUGAUACACCAAGUUCAAGUAAAAUUUCACGAGGGAAAUGUACAGAUCAAUGUUGAUAACAAAGUGUAUGCUUCGCACACAGCUGCUAUCAAGACGUACAAAUUUCUCAACUUGAAUGGUAAAUUCUAUAUUGGUGGACUACCUGAAACCAUUCGAUUUAUCAGUGAUAUGAUCUCACCGGAGGUUCUGUCAGCUCGUUUGAGCAUGGACUUCAAGGGUUGCUUUGGAUCCUUUACCGUGGACAACCAGGCUUGGGAUUUGGAUUUGGAAUCUCGGGCUUGUUGGGCUGAUGGUUAUGUGCAGCGCGGUUGCAAUUCACCUGCAACAAAUAGCAAAUGCCGCAGCUCCGACUGUUCCAAUAGUGGAAGGUGCACAGCUGGUUGGAUGCAAAACAGCUGUGAUUGUGGCGAUACGGACUUCGAAGGUGAUGAUUGCACGAAAGAGCCAACUGUCCUCAGUUUCAAUGGACACCAAUGGUUGAGGGUGGAUUUUGGCCCACUCCCAAUUCAGUCGGCAGCAGAAAGUGUUCUAGUUCGCUUCAGCACUCGACAGCAGUUCGCGCUUUUGUUCACCACCAGCAGUGUUACAACAGCAGCGUCAGAUCUCUUUGAGUUACGCCUUGAAUCUGGACAUCCCUUGCUUCUCUAUGAUUUUGGUGUUGCGAUCAAAAAAUAUAAACAUGUAAUUUACGUGUCCGAUAAAAAGUGGCACACUGUUCGAAUUCAAAGAUAUGAGAGAUCCCUUAAUUUUACUGUUGACGGAUUUUCACAACUAGCAGACCUUCCGGAAACUGAGAAAUUCCUGUCUCAUGGACAUCUCAUUCUUGGACAAAGUGAAUUAAUUUCAAACAACAGUCCAGUGGAUGGAUUCCCGAGAAGAUUCUUGAACCGGUCAUUUGUUAAUGAACCUCGCUUUGUGUUCAUUGGUCACGUAAUGAAAUUCGAGUUUAAUGGAAUCAACUUUAUCCAGCUGGCUGAACAAAUUCAAUACCUUUCCAAAUCGACGGUGUGGAGCAUGCGAGUGGAGGUUACAGCGCACAAAACAACACAGGAACCACUUUUGGAAUUUCCGCUCAAGUUUAAUUCCUACGAUUCCUAUGUAGAUAUUACGCUGCCUGUUGAAAGUAAAAAUUUCUUUUUGGAGUUCUGGAUCAAAGUUAAUAAAAAUUUUGGAAUAAUAUUGUGUUACGAAGUAGACAACAAGGAAAUCUUCGGCUUAGAGCUUGUCAAUGGAGACUUUCACCUGAUCUAUUUGGAUGAACUCAAAUCAAGACGCACAGCAAGGUCUAAGAAGUCCAGGUUGCUUAACGAUUCAAGAUGGCACCGCAUUAAAGUAAUAAGAACAGAAGGUCUACAUCAGACGCUCGUUGUGCAAGUGGAUGAGGAGGCCGUAUAUGCCUCCUUAAAGAUACCUGAAGUAUUCUCCGAUCGAAAAAUAUUUCUUGCUGGAAUACCCAACAAUCAUUCAGAUUAUCAGCCAUUUCGCCGGCUAUUCCAAACCACGUCAGGAUUCGCUGGGUGCAUUGCUUCAGUCAGCGUUAAUCUAUCAGAUUAUGGACCCAACCAACACAUCCUUUCCACAUCUCCAGAAUCGACUUGGCAGCUGAUCAGCGUUCAUUCCCAUAAACAACAGCUGAUUUCUUGGCAUAACGCGGAGCCCGGUUGUCACAUACGCUCGCUUGGAGCUCCUCGCAAUCACAGUGCGCCCUGUUUGCCAAACACUUGUUUGUUUCAGGGUCGCUGUGUUCAACAACUGCAUGCUGCUCGGUGCGAUUGCUCAAUGACAACUUACUCAGGCGAUCGUUGCACGAUUCCGGCCACAACAAUUCAUCUUCACAAGAAACCACCCACGUACCUAACAUUCGAAUUUAACCCCGUACAAAACACCACUCGAGAUCAGCUGGCUUUUGGAAUACAAGCAACACAUCGCGGUUCCCUUCGGCUUUUGCAUAUCAAAGGAUCCGGCGUCUCGCCGGACUUCAUCGAGGUUUUUAUAUUUCCACUCAAGACUUACCAUGUGCUCGCUGUUCGCUAUAAUAUGGGAGACGGACAACAAACGGUGACACAACCACACGUUGAUAUCGCUGAUGGUCGUUAUCACAUUGUGCAAUUUAUUCGUGAUGGAUGGAACAGCAUGCUGCGAAUUGAUUUGAAACACGAAGUAACGAACAUACCCUCAGGAAGGCAGGGGAAGCAUUUUAAUAAGCUCAAAACGAUUCAGGUUGGCUCAUCUGAAGUGCAGCAAGGAAAAGGUAAACCUAUUUCAGUGUCUUCAGAGGCAUUCGAAGGUCACCUAUCAGGUCUAAACUUCAAUGGUAUUUGGCUUUUUCGGGUUCUCAGUGGCUACGUAAUGCCAGGUAUACACCUGAGCCAAAGUCAAAAUUUGAAGCUUAGUCAAAACUUCAGGCCAAAUAUCGAGCACAUACUAAUGAAAAAACGAGAACUGGACACAUUUGGUCACUCCGUUGCCAAUGAUAUGCAGAACCCAUUCUACAUUGGCAACGAUGCACAAGAGGAGGUAGACAAAACCUACCAAACGAAUCCGCUGGUUUUUUCCCAAGUUGAGUGCGUGGAAUCUAGAGAAACAUACAAUUCGAAGACCUGUGUGCCAUUAGAUGAGGAUGGAAUCGUCAAACCAGUAAUUGAAUUCGGCGGUGAGAUAAAUGGACGGAUUGGCGGUUGACCUUCAAACACUUGCAGCAUCCUCUAGAUUUUAUGAGAUUCCACCUGCUACGAACAUCUGAAGCCAGAAAACUCCGGCACGCGGUUAUUAC